AUGAUUCCAAGAACAAGGACUUCAAGGUGGUUAAAACUCACAGGUUUUGGGUAUGAGAAUGAAACAGUUCCUCAAGCUGAGGUUUGCUCUGUUGCUUCUGCUUCUUGGAGAAGCGUUACCAAUGGAACUUUCUCAUUUAUCGUUGACGAGGAAACAUUAUCCCACCAGAUGUUUGUGAAUGGUGCGAUUCAUUGGGUUGUGAAGCGUAAAAGAAACGAUUGUGACUAUUCUGUUUUGUCAUUUGAUGUCAUUAAGGAGACGUUUAGAGAACUGAGUUUAGGACCUUGUUUGAAGAAGAUUCCUUCCAAGGUGACUUUUUGGGCAGGAACAUUGGAUUCACUUGCUAUCCCUACUUGUUAUUUAGAGUCUAGCCAGAGACUUUUUAGGGUUCGGGUGAUGAAAGAAUAUGGUUCUGCAGAAUCAUGGACUGAAGUAUUCUGUUUUGAUUCAAGUGACUAUGGGGUUACAUCAAUGGUAUCAGCCCUUGGGGAAAGGGAGAUUGUGCUAAAGCGUGGUAAUGGAGGAAUAGUUUUAGUUGAUUUGGAGAAGCAAUCUGUGUCGGAUUUGGAAAUUGGGAGAGACAUGAAUACUUCUGUUGGAAGCUAUGCUGAGAGUUUGUUUUUGAUGAACAAAGAACAAGGUGUUUGUUCUUACUGA